CGAAGCGGCGGCCUUUAAAGACUCCAACAAUUCCAGUCUUCGCGGAGGCAUGGCCACAACCGGAGCACAGCCCGGUGCUUCCACGCCUGGACUCGGAGAGCUAGAGAAGGAGUUAGUGUGCUCGAUCUGCACCGAGCUGCUCUAUCAGCCCCUCACCCUCCUUGAUUGUCUUCACACCUUCUGCGGAUCUUGUUUGAAAGAAUGGUUUUCGUGGCAAGCUGUUCGGCCGCGCACAUCAAGCUCCGCUCCCCGAUUUACUUGUCCGUCAUGUCGGGCAGGUGUUCGUGCGACAAGACCGAAUGCGACUGUAACUUCUCUGCUGGACAUGGUGUUGAAAGUCAACCCUGGGCAUGCGAGAUCCGCACAGGAUAAAGAGGAAAUUGCGAAGAAGUACAAACCCGGCGAUUCGGUGCUAGUCUCGCCGCCUAAUGCCUCCGAGUCGGAUGAAGAAGAUAGACGGCUGAUCGAAAACGUGAGAGAGUUGAGCCUUUCAGAGGUUUCUGCUUCGCAUCGGAGACGGGCUUCUAGUAGUCAAGCAGGGGAUACUUUUCAUAGGCGACAAGCAAGAAGCGCAGACAAUAGGGAUAGGUCGGACGAUGAGCGCAGAGGUCGCCAUGAUAAUGAUCCAACAACAAGACGGCAGGCCCAGCACCAUGUCGCUAGAACUGCUGCCAGUACGGGGACAACCAUUGGAAGCGCUACUGAUCCAGCUAGACGUAUCGAACACCAAUCAAGCUUGCGUUCCUUGCUAAGUGCAUCGGACGUCGGAGAUACGACCCAGGAAGAGAUUGUUCGCCUUAUUAUGGAAGAGGGACUACUAGACGGGAUAGAUCUACGCGGCCUAGACCAAGCUCAAGAGGAAGAGCUGAGUGAUGGUUUAGUGCAGAUUUUUCUUAGUCGACAUCCUGAGCGAUCUCAUCCACAGCGGAGGAGUAGUGAUCAAACGGAGCGACCGGCCCCCUCAUCCCAACACCGUCGCUCUAGGUCACACACUACACAAAGCAGCAGGAGCCCUAGUGCCGUGCCUACCGAGUCUGGAAGACGCCCUCCUGUAUCUCGUCCACAUCUUCUGGAAGCAACUGAGACCCCGUUACGACAUCAACGUCGGGCCUCAGAUGAGACUAGGCGACGAAGAACAUCGCCCACCCCAGUUGCCGCAGCUUCCACUUCUGAAACUGCCCUGCGGCCAGCAACUCGGUCGUCUAGCGAUAUGACAAAUCAGCGAUCGAGCGCUCCUCGUUCUCAACCGAGAACCAGAGAAUCAUCUGCAACUUCUAUUUCCCGACGGGCGACCGAACCUGAAGGCCGUGCUUCUGAGUUAUGGCUAACGGGAACAAGAGAAAGCCCUCAAUCACAAACCGGAAGGCAAAUACUGGGUUCCCUAGAGACGAAUAGUCCCACUGUAUCAACACCAACAGAUCGCACCCCUUCUGCUUCAAAUGCCGCUUUGCCUGGUGUUUCGACGAAUGACACACCGUCCCCUUCCACGAGCCUCCCCAACUUACCCGCUUCGGUGCGUCGUCCUGCGACAUCACGACCGGCACCACCCAGACAGCAUCCUGUGCGUGUUCCAUCAACUCAUUACACUGAACCAUCUCUUUCAUGUGAGCGUUGUGGCAUAUCAGAUAUCCAGUACAAACUUCACAAGCGAUGCCAUAAAUGCAAAAAUGGGAAUUUUCAUGUCUGUCUUCAUUGCUAUCGUGUAGGGUCGGGCUGUCCUUAUUACAAUACAGUCAGCAGCACUCGCGAGGAGGUUUACAAGGAUCAGCAUCACCCGGCCAAUCGAUCGCCAGAGGAGCAGCCGCAUGUAUUGAACUCACAGAAAUACCGGAAGCCAAAAGAGAGUUCACUGCGUGGCACAUCCGACUGGAAACAAAUAACCAAUGAAAACCCUGCUAGCAGAUUAGAGGACGGCAUGUUUUGCGAUAUUUGUCAGUCCGCUACCAAUAAUUGCUUUUGGCAAUGUAGUGAAUGUAAUGAAGGGGAAUGGGGAUAUUGUCGGCGUUGCGUAAACCAGGGCCGUUGUUGUAGCCACCCACUACUACCUGUUCGCAGGAUAUUAUCUACAGAAGCUGCGACUUCACCGACAGAGGCUACUCCAACUGGACUGAUCAGUGUUCCGCCGUCACUUUCAUCACCGGAAUCUACAGCAUAUCAAGUACUUUCUUUUUCGACUGAAUGCGAUAUCUGCAAAUACCCAAUCGCCCCUUCCUCAACACGCUUCCACUGUCUCAAAUGUAAUGAAGGCAACUAUGAUGUUUGCACUAAUUGCUAUCUGAAGCUCGUUGCAUCGGGUAAAAUCAGCAAAGAAAACGGACACAACGGCUGGCGCCGCUGUUUGAACAGUCAUCGCAUGAUUGUUGUUGGAUAUGAAGAUCAUGAAAAGGGUCAGCGGCGAAGAGUAGUCCGUGAUAUUGUUGGAGGCUACACAUUGAAAGAAGAAACCCCACAGGUUUCAAGUCGCACUGACUCUUCAAAUUCCGUUGCCUCCCCAGAUCUCGGCAAUGGAGACUGGUCUUGGAAAGAAGGCAACACGAAACGCAAAAAGGCCAGUCGCGCUCGGACAUCGCACGCUGGGACCUCGUCACCGACGACAGACUCUGGAUCUCCAACUACCACCCAAUCAUCUGGCCGUCGCGUAACAGGCUCUGUGUUCCCUCCUGAUGGAGGUUAUGGUCUUGUUCUUCGUGCCGAGUGGCCGUAUUUCGCAGAAGAAAACUGUACCGAUGAGCUCUCCUUUCCUAAAGGGGCUGAAAUCUCGGAGGCGGAGAAUAUCAACGAUGAGUGGUACUGGGGGUAUUAUGCCGGACACACGGGGCUAUUCCCAGGGAACUAUUGCACACCUGUGCGUGAGGUUACACAGUGAACGAAGUCACAUGAUAAAAACUUUUGAGUGGAAGAAAUAUUGAUGAUGAUGAUCAUGAUUGCAUACGGUGGCACGGGAUGGCAUAGUGUGAUAUAAAGCACGAAGUGACAAUUUUUUAUUUUACAGUAAUUGGGUUAUAGGCAAGGUACACGUAGCAUUGGUCAUUUGAUGUCACUUUAUUAUUCAUACCUGUUGAUACCACCUACAUAAAUUCAAUGUGCGACGCUUUAUGCUCAGCCUGGCUCAAGGAUCGCUUACUAGGUAGUAUUUCUUUAAGGAAAGAACAUUGAAGCGGGCAGAUAGUCCUCACUAAGCGAGGAUAACGACCCAAAUUUGGGAUUAGCGGAUUCAAAAUAUUUUAC